UGGCAUAAUAGAUGCGACGCUGCUUUUGACGUUCGUGUACGAGUUUUUUUUGGUUCCUUCUACUUUGAAAACGGUAGGAAGUAAAAAUUGUUGGUACGGUGCUUAGUCCUGGAUAGUUUAACUGAGGAUGUGGUGGGAAGAGUUAAGUUCAGUAGAAGAGAUUCAAUUAAAAAGAAUUCCAAUUUCGAGUACAUAGUACGCGAGACACACGAGGUCCCGCGAUUGGCUAGUUUAUGAGACGACGAUGGCUCCGUGAGGAGAGAACAUGGCUGCGACGCAAGCCGAGAGCCAACAAAACGAUGUGAAGCUGAACGAGUCCGUGAAAUGCGCACAGAAACGUCCGCAAGUCGGUGGGAAUAGUGCGAGUGUUAAUACGAAGCAGCAGCUGGAUCCAGAGCCGGGUGAUAAAGUGCCCCGGGGCGCGGCCCAGCUGCUUAAAUAUGUGAAUCGCGGCGGGGACACGGGUUUCGAGAUGAGUCAAUACCGCGAGGACAUUGGUGGACACACUACCGGUGAAGUCAAAUCACCCAGAGAGGCUGGUCAAGCUCCUCAAGAAUCUGUCGGCAAACAAGAGCCCCUCGAUGCACCCGGGCAUCCAAACCAUCCCGGACAUCCGUUCACGUCGAAUGUUAUACGUGAUUAUUCGGAGGAGUAUACCAACAAAUCAAACGAAUUUCCCUCCAAGUCGUUGACCGAUUAUCCAGGCAAGCAAGUACCAGAGUAUGUGGGAAAGCAUGGAGACUUUCCAGGAAAACAGUUGGAUUAUCAUAGUAAACACUUGAUACAUGAAAGCGAAAGAGUUCAUCGGGCAGAAAUGGAAGAACAUUAUGCAGCCUCCAAGAUUGAGUCACGGCUGGCAUAUGUAGGGGCUACACCAAGUAGUUUUCCGGGGCAGCCAAGGUUUUUAUCAGGACAAAGUAUAUCGCAAGCUACUGGACCAACGCCUACGUUAAACCAGUUACUUCAAGCAUCGACACCUGUACAUCGGUUCCAUGGGAACUAUCCUGGAAUGGGACCAGAACCUUAUCAACAACCUUGGCCCAUUCAACGACCUCCGGUUGUCCCUCCAGUUUAUCCACAACCUGGCCAACGACCUCCACAGACGGGUUCACCAAGAUUACAUGCAGGGCCUGGAGGACCAAGUUCUCCAACUCCUAUGCCAUAUCAACAAUAUACGCAACGUUAUUCUUCUCCGACAAGACCUCAUGCACCGUAUAGUCAUCAUCAACUAAAUUCAUACACUACACAAACCAGCCACCCUUCUAGUUUAUACACAGAACAGAGGGGUUGGAAUCAAGGUGGACCUCCGAAUCCACCACCACCUCCGUCUAAUCAAGCUAAUCCUUCCAGUCAAUCGCCACAGCGUGCUCUUUCUCAAUCUCCAGCACCACCACCUUCGGCAUCACCACAACCACAAUCGACUGGCCAAUCUCAAAGUUUCCAUAAUCUGCAGCAACGGUCAACAACACCAAAUACUCAAGGAAUCGAUUCAGGGGAAUUGUCAGGACAAAACAGCAACGAUAGUUCGAAUGGACCUGCUUGCCCAGGGACACCAAAUUCACAGGGGAUGAGACCAACCCCUUCUCCUACCGGAUCUACAGGUUCUCGCUCGAUGUCCCCUGCUGUCGGUCAACAAAACGUUCAGAUGCCUCCACGUCCGUCAAGUAGCCAAUCAGAUGGUAGUGGACCAGCACGAAUGAGUCACUCUCCUAUGACAACUCAAGGAGCAUACCAGCAGCCAUUGGGUCCUUCACCACAUAUGCACAGUUACAAAAUGAAUAACACUGGUCCUGGGGUUGUUCAACCAGGGCCUGGUUCAGCAAGUCUUGGUGGAAUCAACCCAAUGGGUGGUGGAAUGGGAUAUGCAGCUGGUGGAACGGCUGCCGGUCAGCCUGGGGGUUAUCACGCGCAAACGACCUAUCCUCCUCCACGCCCACAUGUACAAUUUCCACAAGGAUAUCCGUCGCCAGCCAAUUCGCAACCACCGCCUAACAAUCAAUAUCAGGCUCCUAAUAGACCUAAUAAUUUGGUGCAAUAUCCCCCAUACACGCAUAAAAUGGGAUUUAACAGUGUACCACCUGGAAUGCCACCUAGCCCUGGACCACCUCAAGUGUAUGGAGGUAGUAGUACAGCAGGUAUGGUACCACCAGGUACUCCUGGAGUGACUGUAAUCGGUAACAUGGGCCCACCGGCAAGUUCUAUGGGCCCUCCGCCACCAUCGCCAAAUCAUGUCAGCAGUCAACCACCACCAACAAGCUCGGCUGUGCCACAUUUGCACACUCCUUCGGCUACACCACCUCUUAAUCACGAAGGAAGUCCCAUGCCGCCACCAAGUACUACUCCUAAUUCGCAUCCCACUUCGGUACCAACACCAACCAGUCACAGUUCUGCAGAUCUUACUGAAACUUCAAAUGACAGUGGAAUAACUACUACUGCUUCAGGUACAUCAGCGAUAAACGUUACAUCUACUUCGAGUGGUACUGUUACAUCGGUAAUAACAACUGGUCCUGACGGUACAUCUUUAGACGAAGGUUCUCAGCAGUCUACGUUAUCAAACGCAUCAGCAGCUUCUGGAGAAGAUCCAGCAUUUACACCAAAGGCCCGGAAAGAAAUGAUGGGAGGGUAUCAUAGUCAUCCAACUACUCCACAGAGUACAGUUCCAUCACCUGGAGCUGCGAGUAUUAAUUCGAUACACGAAGAAUAUCCCGAUAUGAAUAGUCCUGGUUGGCCGCGUACUCCUGCUAGUCCUGUAUUUAACAGUCAUGUGCCUCAAGACCCGUACAGAUCUAAGAAACCAGAUAGCUUAGCUAAGCUGUAUGAAAUGGAUGAUUCAAUGGAACGAAGGACAUGGCUGGAUAAAUUAGUUAACUUCAUGGAAGAACGAAGAACACCUAUUACAAGCUGUCCUACCAUCUCCAAGAACCCCCUCGACCUAUUUCGGCUAUACCUCUACGUGAAAGAGAGGGGGGGCUUCAUGGAGGUAUGCAAGGUAACAAAGAAUAAAACGUGGAAAGACAUAGCUGGUUUAUUGGGCAUCGGUGCAAGCAGUAGUGCAGCGUAUACACUAAGGAAACAUUAUACAAAGCAUUUGUUGGCAUACGAAUGUCAUUUUGACCGUGGUGGUGUGGAUCCUCAGCCUAUCAUAAACCAAGUUGAAGCUGGUUCCAAAAAGAAAGGAUCCAAAGGAACUGCCUCCGUACCCUCACCAGGGUCUUCCAAUUCACAAGAUUCCUUCCCUGCUGCUGGAUCGAGUAAUGCUUCCAUGGAUGGUUAUGGAAGCUAUCAGAGCGGUUACACGGGUGGUACACCUGGAGGACCUUCAUCAGACUAUACACCUCCUCCACCCAGGCCACCUAGCCAGAGUAGCGCUCCUUCGCCUCAUCAAGGCAUGCAACAAGGCAGUUACCAGAAUACAGGUUCCUACCAAAAUUACCCUCAGGAUCAGUAUAUUCGACCCCAAGGAAACACAUUAUCCCAACAAGGAGAAUUUAAUCAACCUUAUUCGCCGAGAUCACAUUAUUCACCUUACGUACCGGAUGUUGAUAGAGGAUACCCCGGCGGAAAUAUGCCACCAAACAAUGCUAGUGGACAGGAUUUAUAUAAUAGAUAUAGCAGUAGUCAGCAACCCGCAAAUUAUCCAGCAGGAACUCCACCUAAUGCAAGAAGUAACAGCUAUCCAUCUACGCCACAAGCACAUCCAGCUACUGUACCUCAACAAGCGGCGACUAGCCAGCCUUCUUCACCUUCGCAACCUUCUGCUGCUUCGUCCUAUUCUUGCCCCCAAGACUAUUAUCGACAGGAACAGGGUGGAUACGGAGCUCCUGGAGGGACACAGAUAUAUUCAGGUGGUACGAGUGGAAAUAAAAACAUGCCACCACCACCUCCAGGUCCAAACCCACCUAGACGUCAUCCUGAUUUUGCCAAAGAUCAACAGUAUCCUCAAUAUAAUCAACAACGACCAGCGUAUCCAGGAUGGCCAAAUACAACUAAUCAAUACAAUAGUAAUAGUGGAAAUAAUAGGGUUCAAUAUCCAACUCAGCAGCCACAAUCCCAAACACCGCAGCAACAGCAACAGGCACAGCAACCAACGCCGCCGUCUGCUUCCUCCACAUCUUCAUCCGCACUUGCUAGUAGUCAACAGUGGGGUAGUCAACAACCAAAUAGAGCAACGCCUCAACCAACAUUGAACGCUAUAGCGCAUGCUCCUCCACCGUGGGAUCAUCGUUACGCGAAUCAACCAUCUCCUCUUUAUCCUGCACCUGGGAAUCACCAGAAUCAACUUGGAAUAAAUCCUAUGAUUAGCCAACAACCUACUUCGAAAAGAGAAAUGACAUUCCCUCCUGACAGCGUGGAAGCGGUAACUCCGCUUCUUUACAAACGGCGGAAACUUACACGCACCGACGUUGCUCCCGUGGAAGCUUGGCGCAUCAUGAUGGCGUUGCGAUCAGGUUUAUUGGCUGAAAGCUGCUGGGCUCUUGACGUACUAAACAUUUUAUUAUUCGAUGAUUCUUCUGUAAGUUAUUUUGGGUUGGCGCACUUGCCCGGGCUGUUGGAUGUUUUGCUGGAACAUUUUUCACGUUCUUUGUCCGAUAUGUUCGAAUCAUCGGUGAACGAGGACGACCGAAUUUGGAAUCAAGCGGCGGAUGGUCCCGAAGUUGAUCUUGGCGCCGUGACUCGUCCCGUUGAUCCCGAAGAUCGAACCAAAUUACUUUCAUCGGCAAACUAUACGUUUUUAUCGAGACGUGGUCGUCCGGUAAAAAUCGUUCCAAGAGACGACGACUUGUUCGUGCUAGACACACGGAGGAGUUGGGAUCAUCAAGACUGCGAGCCAGAAACUGAACCUUGGCAGGUCGACAGCGCCACCACCAAGUACAUCGUCACUUGUUUUCAGUCCGAAAUAGGAUCAGUACCGUUCGCCCGUCUUCUCAGAGACGAAAAACCACCUUUACUUCAGAAGGAAGUAGAAUGCACGGAUUCAAAGGAUGAAACCAAAGCAGAGCCUGGUACCCUAGAAGCAUCCGAGUUUCCGCAUAAAACUGCCGAACAAACAGACGAAAAACCAAAAGAAACCAACAACGAGAAAAAGCAGUUAGACAAAAAGAAAAAGACGAAGACCUUAAGCGAUGUUUUAUCGAGGAUUAAAAAGGAACCGGUAGAGAUGAACGAUCUUACGAGGGAACUGUUCGAGAAGAAAAACGACGGAUUCAAGAAGGAGUGCGAGAUAGAAGCGAAAGUAAACAAUAACGUGGGCGAGCACUUCGCGGAUGUACAGAAAUCUGAAGAAGAAGUUGUUCCGACACAAAACGGGCUGAGCGAGUCAGGGACUAACAUCGAGUUAGAGAAGGUCGAAAUUAAAGUGGAGAACGAGGAGCAAGAGCCAGUAACGAAUGACGAUAAUAAGGAGGGACCAAGAUUAAACAUAAGAGAUCCGGCAGGAACGUUGAAAAGAAGACGGGUAAGCGAUUACGAGGACGAAAGUUACUCAAGGGACGAGGCGAGUUUGUAUCUCGUUACAGAGACGCAAGAUAACCUGGCUCGACGUUGCGUUUGUUUGUCUACUAUUUUAAGGAAUCUCACGUUUAUCCCAGGCAACGAAGCCGAGUUCGCGAAGAACAUAACAUUUUUAAGUCUUCUUGGGAAACUGUUGUUGCUACACCACGAGCAUCCAGUCAGGACACAAAAAACCCGCAAUUACGACCGAGAGGAGGACGCAGAUUUCGCCGAUUCUUGCAGUAGCUUGCAAGGCGAAAGUGAAUGGUGGUGGGAUUUCUUGCAUCACAUAAGAGAAAAUGUGCUUGUGAUGGCAGCGAACAUAGCCGGACACAUGGAUCUAAGUCAACAUCCGGAAGAAAUAUCCCGGCCGGUUCUGGACGGUUUAUUACAUUGGGCGGUAUGCCCAGCCGCGCAUGGUCAAGAUCCUUUCCCAACGGUUGGACCUAACUCUUCUUUGUCGCCGCAAAGAUUAGCGCUGGAGGCUUUAUGCAAGCUUUGCGUGACGGAAUGCAACGUGGACUUGGUCGUUGCAACGCCUCCCUACUCGAGACUACAGAGACUUUGCUCCGUACUCACCAGGUUACUUUGUCGAAGCGAGGAGCAAGUGCUACGCGAAUUUGGCGUGAAUCUACUGCACUUCUUGUCCGCGGCGGACAGUGGCGUAGCCCGUACGAUCGCUCUGCAAACGCCGUGCGUGGCUCUGUUGGUGGCAUUCAUCGAGCAAGCGGAAUCGAGCGCGUUGGGUGUAGCGAAUCAGCACGGAUUGGCCGCAUUGCGCGAUAACCCUGAAUCGAUGGGCACCAGCUUGGAUAUGCUGCGACGCGCCGCCGGCACGCUGCUUAACCUCGCCAGGCAUCCUGAUAACAGAACUCUGCUGUUACAGCACGAAUCACGAUUACUCGCCUUGGUGAUGAGUCAAAUAUUGGAUCAGCAGGUGGCUGCGAUCGUUGCUCGUGUAUUGUUCCAGUGUUCCAGGGGCACGUAACUUUGUUAAGACGGUAUUUCCUUUUUGAUCCGCGGGUGUUUGUUUGUUUAGCCCCCUUGUGCAAAAUGAUCUUUUUUCUUUUUUAAACGAGACAGACAGCUAAUACGAGCUGCUAUUCGGUAGAGAAUACAAGAGAGACCGAUAUGUAGAAAAGUAGAACGAGUGCGGGUGAGCGCGCGCGCGAGAAAGAGAGAGAGAUAGAGAGCGAACGAGCGAGCGAGAGGGAGAGAGAAAGGAAACAGAAAGAGAUGAUAUAUUAGCAACGAGAGCACAGCAAGAGAAGAAGAAAAAACGCGGGAUUAGAGUGCGGAGAAGGAACAAAGUGUCGAUAUAUGACGCCAUCGCAGUGUGGUUGUAGUUUUAUAUCGAGUAAACCGGAGAAGUAUAAGAAAGUUAAUUAUCGGUGUUAGCGAGUUAAGGUAUGCUGCGACACGACCGUCGUACCUGUCGAGUGUACCUUUCCUACUUCGUGAAUUGGAAUAAUAUCGAUAGUGUAAGAUAUUUCAUAGUUAAUGAAGAAAAGGACUGCUGAAGAAAAGAGAUAUAACGUUCAGGAGAGAGAAUAGAGGGGUAGUGAUAGUGUUGGAGAGGGUAGAGGGAGAAGAGAGGGAGAAAACAAAGAUGUUGAAACGAUGACAGAGAGAGAAAGAAAAAAAACAAAUGAUUAGCAGCAUAAUAAUAUAUUAAAACAAAAAAAUGAAAUGAAAUGAAAUGAAAUGACGAUUGAAACAAAACUAAAAAAUCUGUUUGACGAACCUAAAAUGGUGCGAUGUGGAAUGAUAAUAUAGGGUGACGAUUAUAUAUAUAAAUAUUAACGAUAAUAUAAUGCAAAUUUUUAUAUUUGCAUGUUUUGUGCUGUAAUUAGCGAGUAAUUAAGAUAUUUUGUAGAUAACACACACUUCCAUUGAAUCUUAUUCGAACCGCGUUGCAUCGUAAAAAUAACAAAAGAAAAAAAAAGAUACGAUACGAUGCAAACGCCGACGGUGGUCUCCCUUGCAAAAAGUAAAAGAAAAAUAGGCCACCGAAAGUCUCGACUUUAGAAGCACAGGCAGAACUAGAACUGAAGAAAGACAUUGCUAGUUGAGGGGUGAAUGAGUGAGUGGGUGUGUAUGUGUGUGUGUGCAGUGUGCACAUUCGUAUGCGUGUGUGAGAGAAACGACGAGCAAACGUGGUGAGCAUGAAAGUUAAAAUGACACGGAGGAACAAAUUACCGAAGGAAAUGAUCGAAAUACAGAGCGUGAUCCUUUUGCCGAAAGGGUUACGUUAAAAACAGAAUACUAAUGGCGCGUGUACGAAUGCUAAACGAUAUAGGGAUGUGAUGGUACCCGACAUUUUGGGCUUGGUUCGGAUCGAACCAAAAAAGCGCGGCAGAUUCGGAUGAACAUCCGAAACGUACUCCCUCGAUUAGCUCGAUUAUUUUCGGUCAGGUCGGUAAAAAUCAACUGGGAUCGCAUUCUAGCAUCGGUCGACUUCCAAAUUUGAAAUUUCUAAAUUUCUAAAAUAAAUUCUCAAGGUUCGACCGGGUUCGAUUUUUUCACCGACCUGAUCAGAUCGCAAUCGAGUUACUCGAUUGGUAUCUCGAUUCGGAAUCGUAUCUCAGUUCAGGUACCCACGUUCGAUUAUCUGCGCAUCCCUAUUAAACGGGAAUAGAAAGUUAAAAAUACAAAUGGAAUUACAAAUUUACAGAUUCGUUUCAAGAUGUGCAUACGUUGGACAAACGAGAACAGGACAGAAUAGAAUUUAAAAACUGCUUGCAUUUGAUGUAUGCACGUUCUGUCCUUGUGUGUCAAAAUUUACCCGUGUUGUAUAGUGGAAGUAAGAACGAACGAAUGUCUCGGUUGCGUGCACGAAGGAUGGGGGUUUUGGUAGAAAAUGGGCUGGGGAAUAGUGUCUGUCAAAUAAAGAAAAUAGUGUAUAUAUAUACGUGCAUACACGCAUAUAUAAAUAUAUAUAUAUGUAUGUAUGUAUAAGAGCUUACGAGAUCGAGAGCAAAGUAAUCGAUGAUCAAGUAAAACGCGCGUAUCGACUAGUGCGAUUGCGUUUGAAUGAAACUAUCAAGCAUAUGUAUUUCAUGAGCUUUGAUGGAUUAAGUUUUAUUUUUUUUUUUUUUCUAUGUCUAAUUAUUAUUACUUUUUGUUUCAAUUUUCUAGACAGAGGAGAUUUUUAAAAUGGUAGCGAUAUAAUGUUUGUUCUCGGGAUAAAUGUAUUUGUAAAUGUAACUAAAAGCCAUUGUGAUCAAAUUGAAACGCGUAACAAGAAUUAUUUAAUCGAGGAAAAUAACGUUAUCGAUAAUGAUUUCGAAGGAAUUUAAAUGCUACGAACAAAGGGAGAAGAGAGAAAAUAGAUAGAGGGAAAGACAGAGUUUAUGGUAUGUUUUUGCAAAUGUAAGAAAACGAUGGGUAAAACGUGAAGUUUUUAACCUAAGCUCUCGAUCGUGCCAUUAAGCAAUUCCAAUGGGAUAUAUUUAUUGAUUAUGAAACUUUAUGAUUUUGAAAAGUGUAUAUGUUAUUGUAAAAACAAAACUAAGUACUAUUCCCCCUAUUGUCAGCUUUUGCACAUAUUUCGACAGUUCUUACAUAUACAUUUAUCUAAUGUAAUAGAGUGAAAAGAAAACGGAGGAAAACCACUCUAAUUUAUAAUGUUUGAUGAAAUGAAGAUAUUUAUAUCUACUUUGUCAUCGCACACCUUCCAUGCGGAUACUUCCUUUUUCAUUUAGAAGUGAAUUUCAAGAACAGUGUUUCCAUUCUCGUAAAAGUAGCAUAUGUAAAGAAACUAAUCAGAUUUGACUUUAUUUAAGAAAUAAUUAGAUGAAGAAGAUGAAGGCAAAUGGGAAAAAAAACAUGAGGUAAAUAAGUUAAAACAGAACACUUUCCCUGAUCCCUGCUUCUCCCUGACCCCAAAAUAUCCUACUCUAUAGAUAUCUAAAUACGUGUAGUUCUUAAAUUAUUUACUUUAGUUCGAGUGGAGAUGCCUGUAAGUGUAAUUUACUAAGACUUUUUGUAAAUAAAUUAUGAAAUAAACUAGACGUACUUUA